GUGAACUAAAGUGCAAAAGCUAUUCUGUAGAAAACAUCGCAAAUGGAUUUACUGGUAUGAUGGCAUUCCAUAUUUUGUGUUUCUAGGUAAAUAGGAAAAUUGUCCAAACCUACAGUUACGAGUAGUACGGCGUUUUAUGUAUUGGUCGUAAAGAUAUGCCGAAGAAGAAACCCCCCGUCCCCGUUCUACCUGCCAGGCCAGAGCCACCUACAUUGGAACAAAUUCAGGGAGACCUGCAACACGUCACAGCGGGCGAUGUUGUAUAUACCAUGAUAAAAAAGAUUUUCGAAGAGUCUGGGUCUAAUGAUACUGAAGUCAGUGGUUUGAUGGAUGUUUCAGAUGAGAGUUGUGCUGCAGGCACACCCACUGUCUCACCUAACACAAUAUCCCAGCCAUCACAACAGCAGCAUUCAGAGGACAUGGACACUGACGUCAGUGAAUUUUACAAUAAAGUGAUACAGUUUAUUGAACUCAGUAAAGACCUGCGUGCUGCCCCCGAGACUUUGAAGGCUUACUACGAGGAGCUUCAGAAGAUGGGUGGCAGACUGUCUGAAGCCAUUAAUGAAUUAAAAAGCCAAGUUGAAUCCACUGGGGUACAAGCACCAUGUCGAUAGUAAUUAUAAGUGCAGCAAAAAUGUGUCACUUGAAAAAAAAAGUCAGAAAAUGUAACAGACUUGCUAGUCCUGUGGCUGUGUAUCUGACCAGGGAUGAGUUUGAAGAAAAAUGUAAAAAUGUGGACUUUUCACUGAAAUAAAGUUUAAGAACUUUGAGUUUAAUGAUGCGACAAAAACUUUCACUUUUGUCAAGGAAUGUAUUAUACUAAGGUCAACUGUUUCAGACCAAAAUAAAUCUUCAUAUGAGAUUCAAAAUUCCCCAGUAAAUAUAUUGCAAAAAACACACAAUAAUGUAAUAAAUUGCAAUUUUCCACCAAAAUGACAGUUAAUUGUAAUAUCCGGGUAUUGC